AUUUCCUUUAUCAGUUUUCAUUUGUAUUUAAACCGAAAUAUUUAACUGUGCAUUUUGAAAUCAAAAAUAUCAAAAGUGUUUCGAAUGAAAAUUAAGCUUAUUUUUUUGUAUCCAGUGUACCUAUAUAAGAUAUAAAAUAAAAAUAUGAUCCCUAAACUCUCCUUUACUUUUUCCACAAAAAACUAUGGUACUUUUUGAAACUUCUCGUUCUUCAAAAAACAGAUAGAUCAAAAUAAUUUAAGGAAAACAGUUAUGGCAUCACUCAAUCAAACGGUUUCAACAACUUCAAAACCAAAAAUCGAUCUUUUACUCAAAGAGAUAAAUGAAGUUAAACAUAGAGAAAAAGAGUAUUUGAUUCACAUCAAAUCACUUUACCAUGAUAAAAAAAAUAUACCUAUUCCUCUUGAUUCAAAAAAUGAUGGUUUUAGUACACAAGAUGAUAUAAAAAAUUUGUCAAACACGGUAGAUCUUUCAUCAAACUCUAAUGAAAGUGACAAGCCAACAAAAGUAGUCAAAAAUAAAAGUGGAUUUAUCAAUUGCCCAAUGAAAAAGGGAAUUAUGCAUCAAUUCUAUACAUCAAGAGGAAAAUUGCAAAGAUAUCAACAAAGCAACAUAGACAUUUUGAGUACAGAUGAAAAAAAAACAAUCAUUAGUAAAAUUGAAAGAGAUAGCUUAGGGAAACCUGUAAGAAAAGGAUAUAGACCUGUGGAAGAAAAAAUUCAGCAAGAGCUUAUGGAUUUGCAAAACAGGGAGUUAGAACUGAAAUUGUCACGUAUAAAAAUGAAUAGUAAUGAAGUCAAAAACUUAAAACAUUUAGGUUUAAAUCAAACUGAUCUUUCACUAUGUAAAAAUAACAGUGGACCGAGUGGAGGAAGAGGUUUAUCUUUAGUUGAACGUGAUUUACAUGACAGUAGUAAAGUAACAACAUCACAUGAAUUAAUUGAAAAAUGGGAGUAUUUAAUUCAAGAAAGAAAACAAAAAAACUUAGGAUAUCUCGGGUAGAUGUUCAAUAGAGUACAUUUAUAUGUAUUUACUGAAAUUUAAAUAAAUAAAAAAAAAUAUUUUUCAU